UCUACCUGACUCUCCUCAGACUGAUGAUGGCUGAAGCCCAGCUGUUUGUAUCACAGGACGAGUUCACCUGCUCGGUGUGUCUGGACACCCUGACUGACCCCGUCACCAUCCCCUGUGGUCACAAUUUCUGUCUGAAGUGCAUCACUGACUACUGGGAUCAGAGCCAAGUGCGCAGCUGUCCUCAGUGCAGACACACCUUCAUGCUGAGGCCUACUCUGCAAAGAAACACUCUGCUGAAUGAAGUCAUCAGGAAAUUAAAGAAGACGGCACUCAGUUCUCUGCCAUCUAAGAAUUAUGCUGGCCUUGGAGACGUGGAGUGUGAUGCCUGUACUGGGAAGAAGUUCAGAGCAGUGAAGUCCUGUCUAACCUGCUUGGCCUCCUACUGUGAGACUCACCUGCAGCCUCACUUUCAAAUAGCAGCCUGGAAGGGACACAAGCUGGUUGAUCCUGAUAGAAAUCUGAAGGAGAAACUCUGUGUGAAACAUCAGAAAAGUCUGGAGAUGUUUUGCAGAACCGACAAGACAUGCAUCUGCAUGAUGUGUGGAAUGACUGAACACAACAGUCAUGAAAAGGUUGAGCUGAAGACGGAAAGAGAAGGAAAACAGAAACAGCUGGUGGCAACACAGAGUGAAAUUAGGAAAAGACUUGAAGAGAAAGAGAAGAAACUGAAGGAGACGAGGAGGACAGUGGAGGAGAUGAAGAUCUCUGUGGAAAGAGUGAUGGGGGAACAUGAGAAGAUCUUCACUGAAAUGAUUCACUGCAUUGAGGAAGCCCACAAGAAACUGACCAAGAAGAUCAAAGAACAAGAAAAGAGAGAAAUGGAGAAGGGUAAAGGAGUCAUGGAGCAACUGGAGAAGGAGAUUGAGGAGCUGAAGAGGAGAGAAGCUGAGCUGAAGGAGCUUUCAGAGACCAAGGACCAUCUCCACUUCCUACAGACUUUCCCAUCUCGCUGUGUCCUUCCUGCUAUUGGAGACUCGCUCAGCUUCAUUGUCAGAGCUGAAUUGUCUUCAAUGGACCUGCUAAAGGAGCUGUCAUGUCUGAAAAAGAGUCUGGAGAAGAUCAGCCAGUGGGACAUCCCAAUAUGGACUCCAUCAGACUUCUGUCCCCUCACACUGGACAUCAACACGGCACACAGAGACCUUCAUCUGUCUGAAGGGAACAAAAAGGUGACACAUAAGGGGACAAAAGCCAAAUAUCCUGAUCAUCCUGACAGAUUUGACUGCUGGUCUCAAGUUCUAUGCAGAGAGGGUCUGACUGGGACUCGCUGUUACUGGGAGGUGGAGUGCAGUGGAGACCUCAUGAUGAUUGGAGUCGCAUAUAAAGGACUGAGCAGGAAAGGAAGGGGCAGGGAGUGCAGCCUUGGAAACAACAACAAGUCCUGGAGUUUGUUGAGUUCUCAUUCCCAGUACUCUGUGUGGCACAAUAACAAGGAGACUGAAAUCAGCGCCCCCUAUAGCCCCAGAAUAGGUGUGUAUCUAGACUGGUCUGCUGGCUCUCUGUCAUUUUAUAGCGUCUCACACACAAUGACCCUCCUGCACAGGUUCAACACCUCCUUCACUGAGCCCCUCUAUCCAGGGUUUUGGCUUGAUCCUGACUGCAGUGUAAAAAUCAGCCAUCUGACACCAUGUGAUCACUGACCAGUACCCUCCACCGGUCACUUGAUGUCCCCAGAAGCGCAGGUCC